AUAUGUUUACACAUAUUUUCCUUACUACACAGACGGUCCCAGCAAUACGGCGACGUGUUUAAUGCGGACUCUUACGGAGAUCCAAUCCAGAGAUGGUGAUGGGAAAGGAGGAGAGGAGGAGGAGGAGGAAGAAGAAGAUGGUGAUGGCCCGAUGGGGAAGGAGGAGAGGAGGAAGCAGGAGGAGAAGGAGGCAGAAGACGGUGAUGGGGAGGAGGAGGAGGAGGAAGAAGAAGAUGAUGACUUGCUGGAAUUGGUGCGGGCAGCGGAGGAGGAGGAGAACAACACCGGUGAUGGUGGUUCGGAGGGAGGAGAUGUCGGAGCAGACGUUGGGGACGAAGGAGGGAGACAAGUGGGGAGGGGUGGAGAGCUGGGUCUGCAGUCUUGCAGUGGGGUGGAGGAUAUUGGGGGGAGGGCCGUCGAUGUGCGAGGUGCAUGUCGGGGGGAAGCAGGCCCUUCUCGUGCUAAUGCACUGCAAGCACGAGUGUGUAAUCGUGGAGUUCUUCUUCUUCAUGCCCUUAUGAGGUUCGGGACCCACUUCGUCAUGUUGGAUCGGUUGUUGACAUGCGAGAGAGCCCUUCGUCGCUUGGUGCUGGGGGACUCGUGGACGAAGAUGGAUUGGCAGCCGUACAUCAGGACGGACGCUUACGAGGUGGAGUCCCUCAUCACUGACAGGGCAUUCUGGGCAGAUUUGAAGAAGCUGUAUCGAGUGAUGAAGGGGCCCUACGAUGUGCUGCGGAUGGUCGACAAGGACAUCCACUGCUUGUCCAAGGUGUACGACACUGCAGUAGACCUGAAGAAUUGUGUUCUUCAUGCACCACUCACAGACGAUGAGCGGGACAGCAUCUUGCGCGAUGUGGGAAAGAGGACGGACAUGCUUCUCAACCCUGUUCAUGCUGUGGCUCGCUUGUUGGACCCUCGAUUGCGGGACAUCACCGUCUUCAGCAAUUUGGACUUGAUGGCGCAAUUCGAUAGCGUGGUGGACCGUCUUGUUGCAAAGAAUGGGAGUCAGAAGUUUACAGACUGCAAAAACCAGCUAUACGACUUCCAAUUCAGCAGAGGGAUCUUUGGUGACGCAGCAGCGUUAAGGAGGGAAGACAAGGACAAUGCAGUGUUGUGGUGGGAGGCACACAGAGGUGGUCAUCCGGAGUUGAAGAUGCUGGCCAUGAAAGUGCUUUCGAUAUGGACCACAUCCUCUCCUGCAGAGAGGAACUGGAGCACGUGGUCCCUCGUGCAGACGAAGACGAGGAACCAGUUGAAGCACAAGCGUACAGAGAAGCUUGUCUACUCGCAUUGGAACCUCAGACUGAAGAGCAAGGGGGAAGAUGGCCUGACAGUGACAGGAGGUUGGUUGGGGCUGGAGCAGGGCUGAGUGGACGAGGACCUCGAAGGCGAGGCAAUUGGCAUGCUUAAUGUGGAG